UAAAUAAAUAUACCAACAUAGACAGAGUCCCUCUCAUUGCUCCAUUGAUCGUAUCGAAAAAGUCCUCCGUACCCCUCCGCCAUCGCCGGAAGAGGUGUCGACAGUUCACCCCAUCUCGCAAUCUCCGGUCGGAGCUCCCAAAGUUUACUCCUUUAACAUUCUCCUUCCAUUCCACUAACUUACGCAUUAACCUGCGCCUCAAUAAUGGCGGAAACUUCUCCUUCUCUCCUUCAAACCGACGAAACAUCCCGUCAAAACGACGCCGGAGCAGCCUUCGUCCUCCAAUCCAAAGGGCAGUGGUGGCACGCCGGGUUUCAUCUUACGACGGCGAUAGUUGGACCGACGAUCCUGACGUUGCCGUACGCUUUCAGAGGGUUAGGGUGGGGGCUUGGGUUCUUCUGCUUGACGGUCAUGGGGAUGGUCACUUUUUACGCUUACUAUCUCAUGUCUAAGGUCCUUGACCACUGUGAGAAAGCCGGUCGCCGCCACAUACGAUUCCGGGAACUCGCCGCCGAUGUUCUCGGUUCAGGAUGGAUGUUUUACUUUGUAAUAUUCAUUCAAACAGCCAUAAAUACAGGGGUUGGAAUAGGAGCAAUUUUGCUUGCUGGGCAAUGCAUCCAGAUCAUGUAUGACGAGCUUUCCCCCAAUGGGUCCCUGAAAUUGUACCACUUCAUAGCAAUGGUGACUGUGGUUAUGAUAUUCUUGUCUCAGCUUCCUACCUUCCAUUCCCUCAGACACAUCAACUUGGGUUCACUACUUCUCAGCUUAGGAUACUCGUUCCUUGUGGUUGGUGCUUGUAUAAAUGCAGGUACUUCAGGAAAAGGCCCACCAAAGGACUAUUCCUUAGAAUCUUCCAAGUCAGCAAGAGUUUUCAGUGCCUUCAGUUCCAUCUCCAUACUAGCUGCCAUAUUUGGGAACGGAAUAUUACCCGAAAUACAAGCUACUCUGGCUCCACCUGCUACUGGAAAGAUGGUGAAAGGGCUCGUGAUGUGUUACUCGGUGAUUUUCUUUACCUUCUACUCGGUCGCGGUGUCUGGUUACUGGCUUUUUGGAAAUAAAUCUAACUCGAACAUUUUGGAGAGCCUGAUGCCAGAUGAGGGACCUUCUCUUGCUCCAACUUGGGUUCUUGGACUCUCUGUUGUCUUUGUUCUCCUUCAGCUUUUUGCAAUUGGCUUGGUUUAUUCACAAGUUGCUUAUGAGAUCAUGGAAAAGAAAUCAUCUGACACCAAGCAAGGGAUUUUUUCGAAACGAAACCUCAUUCCUCGGAUAUUUCUUCGAACAAUUUAUAUGAUACUCUGCGGUUUUUUCGCAGCCAUGCUACCCUUUUUCGGAGACCUUAAUAGUGUGGUUGGAGCUAUUGGGUUCAUCCCUUUGGAUUUCGUCCUCCCAAUGCUUCUCUACAACAAAACCUACAAGCCUCCGAGAUUAUCCGUUACCUAUUUGAUCAACAUUUCCAUCAUCGUUGUCUUCACCGGCACAGGAAUAAUGGGCACCUUUUCUUCCACUCGGAAAUUAGUUAUGGAUGCCAAGAAGUUCAAGCUCUUCAGCAGUGAAGUUGUUAACUAGGCUUGUAUUGUAUAUUCACCUUGUAACAUAAGCUCUCAAAUGAUAUUAAAAGGCCUUAUAUCUGAAAGAAAUUUCUUAUCUUUUGCCCUUUAAAGCAUCUGAAUGUUCCUGUUACAGUUACAGUUACAGUUACAGGUAUCAUAUUCAUCAGUCUCUGUUUGCAUGGCUAAGGAAGUGUGAAUCUCUUGAUUGUAAGUUUUACUGCAAAUGGCUAUUCAUAAGAGUAAUGUAAGUUUGAAAUUUUUUGUGAGAUCAGCUUUAUGAGUAGUUGGCUGAGGAGUCAGGAGAAUCUGAUGAAGAACCUGAGAUCAUCCAUCUUAUUUAUUUGAACCACCUUAUAUGUACUAAUCAAUCAUAAGAUCAAGAUGAUCAAUCAUGAUGAUGAUGAUGAUGAUAUAUUGGAUAUUAUUAUGAUCAA